CCUAACGAUUCCUCCAUUCACCGAGAACUACCGCCUUCCUGCGCGCUUUUGAGCAGGUUUCCUCGCCUCGAUUAAUCCAUACAAUUGUUAUAUACUACCACACAAGCAUCUUGAUACUGUCCUCAGCUUCAUCCAAGUUGUCUCGAACCUUGACCUACACUUUCCUGCUCCGAUUCCAAGAUAGCCCUCGUCCUCUCCAAAGCCUCGAGACAAUGGAUCAUCACGACCACAGCCAGAUGCACACCAGCGACAUGGACCACGGCCACGGCGGCCACGGGGACAUGGGAGGCAGCGACCAAUGCAGCAUGAGCAUGCUGUUCACCUGGGACACCAACAACCUCUGCAUCGUCUUCCGCCAAUGGCACAUCCGCUCCACGUCCUCCCUCCUCUUCUCGCUCCUCCUCGUCGUCGCCCUCACGGCCGGCUAUGAGGCUCUCCGCGCCGCCAGCCGUCGCUACGAAACCAAGGUCAACAAGAAAGUCGAAUCCUUGCCCACCGAUCAUCGUGGUGAUGCACCUACUGAGUCAACGCCUUUCCUCUGGACAGGACAGCAACAGAUCGAGGCGACCAAGACGGCCCACAUUAUCAAAGCGGCACUGUAUGCGCUGCAGAACUUUUACGCUUUUAUGAUUAUGCUCAUCUUCAUGACGUACAACGGCUGGGUCAUGAUCGCGGUGGCCGUGGGCGCUUUUGUCGGAUACGUGCUUUUCGGGAAUAGCAUUUCGUCGACCAAGGACAACGCAUGCCAUUGAUCCACGACGAAGACGAGGACGAAGACGAGGACGAAGACGAGGACGAAGACGAAAGCGAAGAAACAAGAAGCGAGAUUUCCAAUUGUAGAUUCUAUCCUCGGGGCCGUUUUCCGUCUCUAGCAUGUCGCCUCGGAUUCCAAUACCGAAUGACCCGCCCACGACCUACCCACCCACCUAUGCUGGGAAUCAACUGGAUGACAAGACUUCUAGAAAGAAAUAAAAAAUAAAAAACGAACAUGAAGUAAAAAUAAAAAUUGCAGGACCCCU